AUGGAGAAACGUGUAUUGAAAUUGGAAUUUGAUGUUGGUACAGCAAGUCGUUCAGCAACUGGCACUAAUGAUAACGUUGGUAAAUCUAUGGAACUUGUUCAACGUGAACGUGACCGUGAUAUAAAAGAAAAGGAAGAAUUACGUUAUUUAAAUGAUCGUUUUGCACAUUUUCUUGCUAAUAUUGAACAAUUAAAACGAAUCAAUGAACAAUUACAAGCACAAUUAAAAGAUGAAUUUUCUAAAUGGGGCAUAUUGCCACGUGAUGAAAAUGAAUUACGACAAAUAAUAAAUCAAAUUAAUAAUCGAGCUGGUCAACGUGCUAAUGAUGAAGUACGUUCACGUGCUGCUGAACAAGAAUCUGCAAUACUUAAUCGUGCAGCUGCUUUAUAUGGAAAUAUUCAUGAAAUGUAUAAACGUAAACAAGAAAAUUUACGUACUCUUAUUGAUAAAUUACAAGAAGAAUUUAAUCGCAUUAGUCAACGUGAACGUGCAAGUGAUGAAGAAGUUUCAACUAGUCGUGAUGAUUUAAUGAAGGAAUUAAAAAAAUUUCAUGAACGUUUACAAGAUUGGCUUCGUAUUGUUGUUGAUAAACAAACAUUAUUAGAUGAUAUACAAUCGUUACGUGAACGUAUUAAUUUAAUAAAUGCAUUAAAUGAAGAAGAAAUUAAUGAAUGGAAACGACUUUUAGAACAAUCAAAAGAUGAUUCUAUUUCAUUUUAUAAAGAAGAAUUAACCAAUGCUAUACGAGAUAUUAAACGAGAUUAUUCUAAACAAGCAAAAAAAUUUCAAGAUGAACUUGAAUAUCAAAUUGAAGGACAAUUACGUAUGGUUGAAAAUCAACUUAAACAACAAGUACCUGGUGUAACUGAUGGUUCAAUGCAAGAAUCCGAAAGAAAUCGCAUACAAAUCGAAGAAACUAAAUUACGUACAAGCAUGGAAGAAUAUGAUAAAGAACAAAUUCGUUUGAAUGAAUUAACAAAAUUAUUAUCAGAAAAACGUCGUUUAUUACGUGAUGAAGAAGCAAAAUUACAUGAAAUUGAAAGAAAAAUUCGUGAUAAAGAAUUUAAUCAAAAAACAAUUGUUGAAAAACUUAAAUAUGAAUAUGAUACUUUACGUGAACGUUUUGAACAAAUGGCAUCUGAAUUAAGGUUUAGUAUUGAAGAUGAACUUAAAAUUUAUGCUCGAUUACUUGAUGAACUUAUGAAAAAAUCAGGAACUACUUCAACAUCAACUGUUACAAAUCAAUAUGGUGGAAGUACAUCAGGAACAACUUAUACAACAACAUCAUCAACUAUUCGAUCAAGUGGAAUUGAAGAUCAUAAUACUCCUUCAAUUUAUCAACAAACACGUACUACUAGUUCAAAUCUUGGAGCUGGAAAUGUUAGUUUUGAUUUAGGAACUGCUAGUUCUACAUGUCUAGGUACAAAAACAACAAAUUUAGAUACAUGCACAAAUCGAUUUCAACUAUGUGAUAAUGAUGUGUAUGAUACGACUUUAAUACCUCGAUCUUCAUCAUAUUCACAACUUAAUUAA